GAACAGGAUCUGUUCUAUAGUUCGUACACUUCGUUGUACCUCUGUACAACGGCCCUAGACAUCCACUCGGAUGAUGAGCCGAGGCUUCCAGCCCAGAGCGCGAAUGCCGUCCAGACACGUGUACCGCAAGGCGCACUGCCGGACUCGAUGAACGUCCCUCCCGUCAUUCCGCGGGAGGUUGACGGGCCGGAAGUGCUCUGACGAGCGAUUUAUUUUACUUUCCAAACCCAGCACAACAGUUCCAGAUAUGAGUUGACAGAGAGAAUCGAGGCUUAUGGCAGGAACAGGCCUGCAUGGAGAGAUUAGCGAAAGGUCGCCUUUCCCACAUUUGCUCGCAUCGCGACGCCAACCAGAUAUGACCGUAGACCUUCUUAAGUAGAAACUUUCGCUGCAAUACGAUACCAGGACCGAACGCUAAAGCGAGGACCGCAGCGAGCGAUCUCGGGAAUUGACUCCACGUGAUCUCACUGUGCUAAAUUAUCUCACCAGGCCUGCUGCAUGCAAGUUCCUCUCCGCAGCUUCACGUGAAAGACAGCGCGACACCCUUAAAAAUCCACGUCAGCCUGAUUGUGUGUCAGAGCUUCCGAAUCUCAGCGAACGCGAGGUAAUUCCUCUCCGCGCUAUCAAGGGCUGCCAUUCCAGUCACCUGCCCGGCUCUUCCGCUUCUGCCGCGCCGCUCGAGAGCUGGCUGCUCGCCACGUCCUUUCGCGCCGUCGAAGCGUCCCCACGGCGGAAUUCCCCCUUUUGGACCCGCAUGGCCGACGCGUGCGCAGAACCGAAUCUCUCUCGCCCCGCCCUUCCGUAUGAAGGGCUUGGAAUGCACCCGUCCAUUGGUUGACUCGUGACAGGAACCACCAAUCCGGAGGUUGCUUCUCCGACACGCCUUUCUGCGCGCUUUCUGGUCCCGUGACGCACACGCUUUCCCUGGACUGGACGGUCCCAAUUUUCUCUUGACGGACGCAUUCCUCGCCAGCUGUACAGCCCCUAACGCGCGGCCAGCUCCGUCGCUGCUUACAAGCAGCAGCAGGCAGACCGGCGCAGGCCGACCGGCGCAUGCACUAGAAGCAGGCACUUAGGCGCAGGCACUUGGGAGCAGGCACGGCAAGGAGCAGCAGGAGCAAGCAGCAGCAUGGCAGGGAGCAGCAGCAGGCACGCCUGAGUGCCGCCAGCCACCCUCCUCUUUUUGACUGUUCGGCAUGCCGGAAGACCGUCACGUGACUCAAGCGCAGUCAAAGUACUUGUAAAGUCCGAUCCACGCAGGCAGUCCCGAGCGCCAGUCCCUAGGCCAGUUCCUAGGCACUCCGUUCCCUAGGCGCCAUCAACCAUGCCUGCGAGGUGGUUAUGGAAGCUGGUAGCUCCCCGCCUGUCCCCUCGCGAGGCUCUGAAUCGAGACUCCUCGUCUCCCGCCGGUGGUUAUGGUGGUUAUGGAAGAGCGGAGGGGCAUGCGGCUUACUCGGUUGCUGCGGCUAACUCGGCACGGGAAGCCCAUGUGUCAUUCUCACCUACUGCUACUGUUUUCACUGAUGGCCGACGCCAGCAGCAGCAGCAGCAGAACGAGCACCUAAACGAUACCAAGUCACGUGACGGAAGCGGCGGGACAGCCGUUGAUUGCGGCUCCAGUGGUGGAUCCAGCGGCGUGGGUCGUUCCGAUUGGAGCAUCGCGUCAUGCACGUCCUCUCGCUCCGGUUUCGACGACAAUUUCAUCGCGGAUUCGCACGCUGCUGCUUCUUCGCCCAAAGGGGCACCUAACCUGUCCCAUUGGCGGGGAUUAGAGGGCUGCGCGCGGAGUUCUACAAAGCUCGAAAGGGUGGGGGAAUUGGCGCUUGAGAGUGUAGAUUUGCGGCAAGUGCGCGAGCGGCGGCGCCAGCGGAAGGAGCAGCGCGCGCUUCGAGAAGCGGCGGCGGCGGCUACCGCGAGUUCAAUGGGGUCGUUAAAGUCGACGGGCAGCAGCAGUUGGGAGAAUCUGGCGGUUUUCCCGGGCGCUGACUCGGAAUCGUCAGCAGUAGCGACGCCGCGAGGGCCGAGGCAGCGAAGCGUGACGACGUCCGCAGUGGGGGUGUGCGAGAUUAGGAGACCGGGAGGAGAUGUUAUUAGAAUAGGUAGCGGGAUCUUGCGCGGGGAGUCGCGCGGGGAGUCGCGCGUCGAUAGAGGGGCGGCGAAGGGGCACGGGGAACAAGACGUGGAGCGCGACUUCCGGCGGCCACCCAGCCCCGCCGGGAAAGGCGCGGGGGGGAAACCGGUAGGCGGGGAUGCGGAGGAGAUCAAGGGCGUGGCGAAAUGGAUGCGCGCUCGCGUUCCUAAGGCGAGGGAUCUGGGGUCCGCGGGCAAGGCGGGGGGAGGGGAAGGCGCAAGGGGAGAGAGGGCGCUCGUAAGGCGCGCCACAGUGGGAGGAACCUGCCAGGCAGCUUCGUCAGGGAGGGCGUGGUGUGAUGACGUGGCAGGGGGGAGCAGGAAAGGGGGUGGCAAGGAGGGGGAGAGUAGCGACAGCAGCAGCAGGAAGGGGGGAAACAGCAGCAGCAGCGGCAGGGUGGGGAGGAGGAGAAGAGGGAGGAGAGGUAGGGGGAAUAAGGAGGGGAGAAAGGAACAAGGGGAUAAGGAGGAGUGGAGAGUGGUUGGGGAAGCCAUGGCUCGAGUGCCAACAGGCAUUUUUGCGCAUGGCAAGGAUGCGAGUACUCAACCUUAUAACGCGGAUGGGGGUGGUGGCGGAUGUACACAUGGAGUGGUAACCACCUUUCGGGUGUAUGGCGCUGCUCAGGACCUUGCUAGCGCGCCAAUUGGCUCUUGGGACGUCGCUCCUGCUGCUGGUGCUGCUGGUGAUGGUGAUGGUAGCACCAGAUUGGGAGCUGCGGGCGGUGGUGGUAGCACCAGAUCGGGAGUUCUGGGCGGUGAUGGUAUCGCAGAUACCUUCAGUAGCAGCAGCAGCAGCGGCGUAGCAAUCAACGUGGAGAAGUGCUCCAGCUUUAGUGACAUUGGGGCGAUCAAGAGCGACAGAAACCCCCCUGCCUUUGUGGCGCGGUCCGAGGCGUACCUGGACGCCCUCUCAGAGGCCAUCGCAGCGGGCCUGGCGUCCAAAGCCGUCACCUUUUUAGCGGAUCAGCUGUUCUCGACCGAUCAGCAAGUGCUGAUGCUCGGCCAAUCGGGAGACCGAGGUGGAAGUGAGCUGGAAGUUUCCUCGAAUCAGGAAAGGGCUGGGGCUGGGACUAGUGAGUGUGUGGAUUUGGUCCCUGCUGCCGCUCAUGCUGUUGCGACGACUGCUGCUGAUGCUGAUGAUGUAGGUGCUGCUGCAGCUGCUGGUGCUACUGCUGCUGGUGCUGGUGCUGAUGCCGCUGAUGCCGCUGAUGCUGCUGAUGUUGCUGCUGCUGUACCCGUUUCUGCUGCUGCUGCUGCUGCUGCCAGAGAUGCAUCUGCGGCGUCACCCGCAGCGGCACCUGUUUCAGUUUCAAGCGUGGACGCUUUGAAGGCAGCAGCAGGCGAGGAAGACUGGCUGCAGCCCGUGCCCCUGAUGGACCUGGUUCAAGACGAACUCACCAUAAGCGACAACAGCAACCCCAACCCUUACAAGCCAAACCCUUUCAAGGCAACUCCUUUAUCCACCCCCACCCCUUCCAAGAUUGGCCCGACCACCACCGCUACCAGCAGCAGCGGCCAGCAUUUGCCUGGCCAUAUUGCAGGCAGCACACUGCCGUGGGCAAGUGUUACAGACGGUGUAACCACCAGGCUGGGUGCUGUAAACAGAGGCGCUGGUCCAGGGCGAAUCGGUGUGCGGAUGAGCCAAUCAGGGAGGAGAGCAGGUGUUACAGGGAGGGUAAGUGUUUCCGGCCGGUCUAGUAACACUUUUGUCCGACCCACCGGUACUGGUAACAGCUUGGGACGACCCGGCAGUAGCAACAGUAACAGGAGCAGCACCGUUAGACCGAGUCCCCUUAGCCGCGAAAGCACUGGAAAAGGUACUCCUAAGGUUACAGCCCAUGCUGGUAACACAGGUGGUAACCAGACCCCUUUCACUAGCACCCCCAGCGUCACUGGCCAAGUCAGUAACGUGGCUGCAGCCAAUGCUGGUAACCCUGUUUCUGGCCGCACUGGUAACCCUGUUUCUGGCCGCGCUGGUAACCCUGUUACGGCUACCACGGGGCGUGUGAGCAUGACUGGUCGCAGCAGCAUGAGUGGGCGGCCGUGUGAGGGGUUCAGUGUUCGUCCCAGGCGAAGGUGCAGCCUGGUGUGGGCGGCAGGGGGAGGAGCGGCAGGGGGAGGCGGAGGGGGAGGGGGAGGGGGUCUGAGGAGCUAUCUGCUGGACCCCCGGCAGCACCAGCAGUACCAGCAGCAGGUCCAGCGCCGCCUCAGCGGCCAGAGCAGCAGCGGCGGCUCGGUGCAGAGCGGUGGAGAGGGGUACAUGGGGAGGGGGAGAGGCAGGGGAGAAGAAGGGGCAGGGGAAGAUGAGGAGGGGGGAGAAGGAGAGGAGGCGCGAGGGGUGUGGGAUGCUGAGGGUCCUCUUGCUGACCAGCUGGGCUUGGGGAACUCGCAAAGAGGGAUCAUGCCAUGUCAUUCCAGGUUGGCACGUGAUGAGUCACGCAUGGGGUCGCUGACGCCGAGCGACAGGUCAGCGCUUGAUGAGUCAGCAUUUGUCGGCAGCAUUGGCCAUCUGGCCAGCUUGGGAGGUGCAUUAGCAGGGGAACCUCUUGCACAGUGCCCUGCGACUGCUGACGUGGCACUUGCUGACAGGCCUACUGCAUAUGCCACCACAACCGCCUCUGCCGCCGCUGCUGUUGUUGUUGCUGUUGCGCCUACCGGACCUCCUACAGAUCUUUCCGAACCUAUCUCCGAACCUGCUGCCAAGGCAGCAUCUGCUCCAGCAGCCAGCCUUGCCGAACCUGCUGCCAAGGCAGCAUCUGCUCCAGCAGCCAGCCUUGCCGAACCUGCUCGACCAUUUGUACAUACAGGCUCGGGGGAAGGUUCGGGUGACUAUAGCGAGCUGGGUGCGCCUGUAAAGAGGACAAGCAGCCGGGCGGAUAGGCUGAGGAAGGAAGUGGCGGAAUGGAACGGGGAGUGGGAGGAUGCAGGUGAUGAUGGGUCGUUGGUAUGUGAGGGGCAGCAGAUUCAAGGAGGGGAAGGGGCAGGGGGACGGGGAGGGGUAGGGGUAGGGAGAGGGCGGAGGAGCCUUGAGAGGAAGGAGCGAGAGGGAGGGGCAUACAAGCAGGAAGUAGAGCACGGUUCAAGGUACAGCCAGCGAUUCAGUCGACGACACAACCAGCAGCACACGAGUCAGCAGCACAGCAGGAAGCACAAGCCCAAGCACAAAGACAACACUCCCACCACCACUCCCACCACCACCACCAGCAGCACCAGCACCAGCACCAGCGGCCAGCACGCGUACCCGCCAUCCACCCCACCUCCUUUGUCGCACUGGCGGCAGCUGGUGAUCUGCCUGUGGUGCCUCCUUGCCGGCCUGGCGCUCAUAGCCAUGGUGCUGCUCAUUGGGAUACUCGCCACGGGGGCGGGGGUGGUGGCGGAUGGAGCAGGGGGAGAGGUUGCCGUGCAGCCCUGGGCGCAGGAGAAUCACCCGCUGCUGCAGCAGCAGCAGAGUCCCCUGGAAUUGCACCAGUUUCAGCAGCAGCAGCAGCAACAAUAUUACCGCCACCACCACCGGCAGCAGCAGCGGGUGCGGUUCGGGUUCGGGCUGCAGGUAUCGGUGGUGUGCGGCAGUCUGGUCUUCGCCAUCGCGCUGGUGACAUGCUGCCUGUGGGCCAUGUGGGUGCUGGCGGAGCGCAUGGAGGCGCAGACCGCCAGACACUUGAGAGAGCUGGCUGCUGCGCGGGCGACCCAGGAGGGGGCGGUGAGGGCGAAGAAGGAGUUCCUCGGGUGCAUCUCGCACGAGAUCCGCACUCCAAUCAACGGCAUCAUAGGCAUGCUCCAGUUGUUAGUGGAAGAGUGCGAGUUGGACCAGGACCAGAGGGACGCCAUCGACACGGCAUUACUCUCCUGCUGGACGCUCACCGACUGGCUGGCAAAGUUUGUCUAUUCUGAGGUGGGUAUAUCCACGGCCCUGUCCACUGCUGGCAGCAGCUCCCACCUGAGCGGUACCAGCGGCGCGAGUGGUAACAGUAACAGCUACAGUAGCAGUAACGGUGGGAAGAGGAACAGUGGCACUUUGAGUGGCAAUCGUGCUGGUGUUGCCCAGGGCCACGUCAGCAGUCCUGGCAGUGACGUCAGCAAGGGUGGUACCCCUGUUGCUCGCUUGGGCAGCAGCAGCAAACGUUUCCUCCUGUUCCCUGCUGCUGUUAGGGUUUCGGGCAGGAUCAGCCGGACGUUUUCGGGCAGGCGAGAGGAUUUGGGACGGAGAGUAGUGGAGAGAGAGAAAGAGAAGAUGAUUGAGGGAGGGAAGGAGAAGGGGAGGGAUGAUGAGAGAGAGAGGAAGGAAAGGGAGGGAGAAAGAGAGAGAGAUGGGGAGAGGGAUGGUGUGAGUGGGAGGCAGAGGAGGAUGUCUCGCAGUUGGGGUCGCAGGAAGAGCUACCAGAAACCAACAGGGGCGAGAGGGGAGAGAGAUGCAGAGGAAGCGGUUGCUGCAGCCGUGACAGCAGCAGCAGCAGCAGCGAACAAGGCAGUGACUGGUGUAGGGAGAGGAACAAGCAGAGGAACAGAGACAGCAGCAGCAGCAGCAGCAGCGAACAAGGCAGUGACUGGUGUAGGGAGAGGAACAAGCAGAGGAACAGAGACAGCAGCAGCAGCAGCAGCGAACAAGGCAGUGACUGGUGUAGGGAGAGGAACAAGCAGAGGAACAGAGACAGCAGCAGAGGCUGAAGGAGCGGCAGGGGUUGCAGCGGGAGUGGAAUGGGUACCGAUCACUGAACGAGAGUCGCAAUGGGGGGCGGGACUACAGACUCUGUCCCCCUUGACGCCUCUUGCCGCUACGCCUCUUGCCGCUACGCCUCUUGCCGCUACGCCUCUUGCCGCUUGUAAUGAGUCGAGUUUUGAGUCGACUCAUUACACACAGACUCUGUCCCCCUUGACGCCUCUUGCCGCUCCUCCUGCUGCUCACUCUUCUAGCGCUGCCACUGCUGCUGCUGCUGCUGCUGCUGCCACUCCCGCUGCUGCCGCUGCUGCUGCUGCUGCUGCUGCUGCCACUCCCGCUGCUGCCGCUGCUGCUGCUGCUGCUGCUGCUGCUAUUCCUGCGUCUGCUGUGACUUCUGUUGCUGCUGUUGGCCCUGCAUCGCUUGCUGCGGCGGCUGCUGGUGACCCUGUGCCACCUGCUGCUGCGGCAGCAGAAGCGAUUCAUGCUAGCAGCCACCACCGCAAGCAGCCAAGCCUUGAGCACCCAGGCAUCACAGCAGGGGGCGAGCUACAGCAGACGGAGCAAGCUGCCUCAGCGAAGCUGGUAUCGAGAACUGAAUCGCCUUGUAACGAGUCCAUACUGGCUGCUGAGCCCAGUGCUGGGGACCCGCGAGUGCGUGCCUCCUCCUAUGUGCAACCACCAUCUUCGAUUCUGCAUCUCCCUUCCUCCUUCUCCUCCGCCUCCUCCUCCACCCCUGCCCGUCUCUCUCAACCCUCCUUUUUCCUCUUGCCCUCAAUUCCCAGCAGCACCAGCUCGUCUGUGACCACAGGCGCUGUGGCCACGAUGGCUGCGAUGGCAAGCGCCCCUCCGUUCCCCUCUGCUACUCCUCCUACCGUGUCUUGUGCUGCUGCCUCCCUCUCGUCCCUCGGUCCUCGCCUUCCCUCCCCUCCUCCUCACCACCCCAAUCCCCACAGCCCUAUGACCCCUUCAGCCUACUCCCCCCUCCUCCUCCCCGUUCCGGCAUUCCCAUUCCCCUCCUCUCUCACCGCCGGUUCUCUCUCCACCUCCUCCUCCUCCUCCUCCCUCGCCCUCUCCUCCCCACGCCCCGUCUCCAUCCCUUCAGCUGCUAACCCGUCCACUGCUGCUGCAACUACUGCUGUGGCAGCAGCAGGGGCAGCAGCCGCAGCAGCAGCAGCAGCAGCGGCAGCAGCGUCAGGGGCGAGUGACCCUCCCUGCGUUGCAGAGAGAGGAGGGGAGAGGGUAGAAGUUGGCGGAGGGGAGAGGAGAGGGAUGAGGGGGGAGGUAAGGGCAGGGAGACUGCUGGUUGGCGCUGCUAGGAGCAGCUCUGAGAGUUCUGAGGAGGCUUGGCCCACACACGAGGGGGAGAGGCAGGCGAUGGGGGAGAGGCAGCAGCGGCAGGAGAAGCAGCAAAAGGUGAGAGUGCAGAUACCUCCAAGCCAAGUGCAGAUGCCUCCGAGCCAAGGCAGUGGGCCAGCGUCGCCACACACAGCAUGGACUGCGUCUGAGUCGAGUCCAAAGCCGCCACCAUUCACAGCAGCAGUAACAGCCACUCACCAGAGCCUCUCCACUGGAGCACACGUGUCUGGCCCUGUGGGUGUGAUCUCGCGACCUUUCAUCUUGCCACUGGUCAGUCCGAGACUAGACAAAUGGGGAGCAGCAAGAGGGGGGUCGAAGACUCCAGAUGCAGAAUCGGGGGACUUGGCUGCAGAAUCUGGAGCAUCGGAGGCAGCUGCCGCACCAGAAUCGCCUGGAGCUUCAGUGAAACCGAGGCUGCCUUCCCCGGUUCGGCAGAGGGUGGAGCAGCAGGUUCGGGCGGUGUUCCGAUCCCUGACUCCCGGCCGAUGGGGCGAGUCGGGGAGGCGAGCUGCUGCUGCUGCUGCUGUAGCCGUUGCGGCUGGUGCUCCCAGUGCUUUUGGUGCAAGUGCUGUUGGUGCCACCGCUGGCUCUAGUGCUGCUGGUGAUGAUGCUGGUGCAGCUGCUGCUGCUGCAGCAGUAGCACGGGCAGAAAAGGCAGCAGGACGAAAUGUGGUUGAUAGUGAUGGUGGUGGUAACCAGCCUGGUAACCAGCCUGGUAACCAGCCUGGUAUCCAGCCUGGUAUCCAAUCUGGUAACCAGUCUCCCCAAGCCCUGCUGUGUUACAGUGAUGGUGGUAACCAGCAGGGUAACCAGCCUCCCCAGGCCGUGGUGUGUUACAGCGAUGGGGAGGGGCCGGUUGCUCGUUCAAGUGGCCGAGUGCGGACGCUUGGCUCUGUCGAAAGGUCUGGUGGCCCAAGAUCGGUUGCUGCUUCUGCUGCUGCUGCUGCUGCUGCUGCUGCUGCUUAUACAAUUGAUGGUGGUGGGUACACCAGUGGUGAUUCCAGUGGUGAUAAGAGCAGGGUGAGAGGCAGCACUAAGUCCGGCAAGUAUAAGAUAGGGAACAGCCACAGCACCAGCAGCCUCGCAUGCAGCAAGGCCAGCAAUGCAAGGGGCGCUACAGCUGAUAGUGGUGGCAGCAGCAGCACUGUCUGUAGCACAAGAGUUGCUGCAGGGGAUGGUGGCAGUAUCAGGGCUGCUACUAAGGGGGUGCGGAGUUGGACGGAGAGGAGGAGAGGGGAGAGGGAGGGCUACCCGUCAGCUGCUAACCUCGGUGUGCCUGGUGCUGCUGGUAGCAGCAGGGAGGUGCGUGUGGGGGAAGGUGCAACUGGGGAAGGUAUAACUGGGGAAGAUCGAACUGGGGAAGGUAUAACUGGGCAACAUGCAUAUGGUGGUGGUAGGCUGGGUGCUACCCCCUCCUCCUGGUCCUCUGAAAUGGAUCUGCUGAUUGAUGGAAGUGCGCUGAGGGGGGAGGAGGGAAAGGGAGGAGAAAGCAAGGUGACGGUUGAGGGGGAGGAGGGGGUGGUGGUGAGACGAGCCAAGACCCUGGAAGCUGAUUGGUCGGGGAGCCAAGGGAAGAGGGGAGGAAGGAGAGGAGUCACGUUUGCAGACGCAGACGAAGAGUGCGCCGCAGGAGAGUGGAGAGGAAGGGCGAGAUUCGCUGAGGCAGAGACAAGCACGCCACACGGCACAAGGGACGCAAGAGGCGCAAGAGACAGAAGAGGAGGGAUGGAGGCCGGAGGGGAGGAGGCGAGAGUGAGGGAGCGGCGACUGGGAAGCACCACCCGGUUUCCCGACAUGCUGGCAUUUGAUGGAGACGGGGACAUGGAUACUGCCCGCGGCAUGGAGCUCUGUAGCACCAGUCCCGGCAGCACGUCCAGCAUCAGCAGCAGCCGAAGCCAGCCGAGGUCACGGGUGUCACCGCAGGUGUCACCGUCUCAUAGCUGGGGUCCUGACGUCCGGGCUACCCCCACCGCCGCCACUGCAUCCUCCGCUCUUUCCUCUUCCCCCUCCUCCUCUCCCUCCUGCUCUCCCUUCUCCCCUGCCCUCUUUCUUCCUUAUCACUGCACGGCUGCAGCUGUUGGGGGAGUAACACAGGGAGCAGAGGCACCAUCCGGUGCCGCGCUGCUUUCUGCUGCCUCCCCUUGCUCCGCUUUCUCUGCUGCUGCUGCGCCCGCGCCUGCUGCCACUAGAUCCUCUGCUCGCGUUUUAACUCCUUCUGAAGCUUCAAAUGCAGCAGCCCCUGCCGCCAUGUCUGUAGCAGAAGCUUCAGCUGGGCGUAUAGCAGCAGGAGAGGACUCAGCAGCUGAGGCUGUAGCAGCAGAAGUUGUAGCGCUGCCGGCAGCACUGUCUCUGACUGGACUGGUAGAGGAAGAGCUUGCUACAGCCGCGGCUGCUGCUGCUGCUGCUGCUGCUGCCGCCGAGGGAAUGAGGGAGUGUGAAGCGAGGGAGGAGGAGAGGUGGGAGCAGGAGGGGCUUGUAGAAAGGGGUAGCAGUGAAGGCGACAAACAGAAGCACAUAGAGGACGAGGGGGGGGGCAGAGUGAGGAUAAGAGAGGCAGCUGCAGAGGCAAGGAGGGAACGGAUAACAGGGCAGGAGGUGGAAGGGCGAGGAGGACAGGCACAGGCCAAAACGGCCUCUGAAGCACCGCAACCUCCUGAGGAAGCAGCAAUCCCGGCAGGGCGGCAGGAAGAGCCGAGCCAGAUGCCCGCCCCACCGCUCUCCCCCAAAUCCCUGGCGGCGCGGCUGAAGGGGAGGCGUGUGCUGGUGGUGGACGACAACGCGGUGAACCGCAAGGUGGUGCUGGCGAAGCUGCGGCCGUACGGCAUGGUGGGCGUGCAGGCCCACGAUGGGCUGGUGGCUGUGGAGCGCUUCAGAGAGGCGGUGGAGGGAGGGGCGGAGGGGGGUGGUGGUGGUGAUGGAGGGGGUGGUGAGGGUGGCGGUGGGGAGGGGUUUGUGUGUGUCUUCAUGGAUCUCCAGAUGCCUGUGAUGGAUGGCUACGAUGCAACCAUCGAGAUCCGACGGCUGGAGGAGCGCAUGGGGCGGCACCAGGUUCCCAUAUUCGCAAUCACUGCAGACCUAGUGGCGGGUGCUCCUGAGAGGUGCUUGGAGAUUGGGAUGAACGGCUUCAUGACCAAGCCUCUGUCCAAUGAGCAGCUGAGAGCCUCACUGGCAGAGGUGGCUGCCUGCUGCCAAUAGCUGUUACUGUAUUACUAUGCUGUUACUGUAUGAUAUAAUAGCUGUCAAUAGCUGUUACUGUGAUGGAUCUUGCAGAAGGCCCUACACUACACCUAGCUAGCUUUGUAUCUAGAUCCUGACUGAAACUAAUCUUAUUCCUUCAAUACAUGGAGU